GGAAGUUGCGCAGCAAAGAAUUAUGCCACUCUUUCUUUGUAUAAAUUCAUACACAUAGAAUUCUAACAUCAACAAGUCCGCCCACACUUGUGAAUUGCGAUAGAUCAGGCAGGAGAAGAAAUGGGCGGCUGGAAUGAACCGCAGUUGUACCAAAACGUCAUCGUAAUGAGGCAUGGGCCCCGCCUUGAUAACUUUGACAAGAACUGGACUAUGGCUACCGAGCAUCCCUGGAACCCACCGCUGUACGACGGCGACGAGUUCAAGAACCUUUAUUCAAAGACGGCGAAGAAGAUCCGGGAAGAGGUCGGAGCCCCGAUCCACCGCGUCAUCGUCUCCCCUUUCCUCCGCUGCCUGCAGACGGCGUCCAGGACUAUCCAAGCCCUCUCCUCCCAUGAUUCUCACCAACAAGUCCUGCUAUCCUCCUCAAGCAACGCCGCUGCCGCCGCUCAUAUCAGGCCUUCCGAAAUUAGGGUUUCUUUCUCUGCUCUCUUAUACGAAAGCGUGCACCGCAUCAUCGUCUUCCGUUUCCUCCAGUUCCUGAACAUUGCGUCCAGAACUAUAAAAGCCCUCUUCUUCCAUGAUUCUCACCAAAUUAAGGCAUCCGUGGAGUAUGGAUUAGCAGAAAUGAUGAACAAGAAAGUAAUAUGGGUACCUCCUAAAGAUGGAGAUUUUAAGUUUCUCAUUCCAGAAUGCGAGGCUCAAUUACCACCCGAAAUCCUGCGUCACAAUACUAUAGAAAAAGUCUAUGAGAAGCUACCGGAGUGGGAAGAGACGAAAGAAGUUGCAUGGAAUAGGUAUAAUGACAUUGUUCGUACACUUGCUGAUAAAUAUCCUCGUGAGAACUUGCUGCUGGUCACACAUGAUCAGGCAGGAGAAGAAAUGGGCGGCUGGAAUGAACCGCAGUUGUACCAAAACGUCAUCGUAAUGAGGCAUGGGCCCCGCCUUGAUAACUUUGACAAGAACUGGACUAUGGCUACCGAGCAUCCCUGGAACCCACCGCUGUACGACGGCGACGAGUUCAAGAACCUUUAUUCAAAGACGGCGAAGAAGAUCCGGGAAGAGGUCGGAGCCCCGAUCCACCGCGUCAUCGUCUCCCCUUUCCUCCGCUGCCUGCAGACGGCGUCCAGGACUAUCCAAGCCCUCUCCUCCCAUGAUUCUCACCAACAAGUCCUGCUAUCCUCCUCAAGCAACGCCGCUGCCGCCGCUCAUAUCAGGCCUUCCGAAAUUAGGGUUUCUUUCUCUGCUCUCUUAUACGAAAGCGUGCACCGCAUCAUCGUCUUCCGUUUCCUCCAGUUCCUGAACAUUGCGUCCAGAACUAUAAAAGCCCUCUUCUUCCAUGAUUCUCACCAAAUUAAGGCAUCCGUGGAGUAUGGAUUAGCAGAAAUGAUGAACAAGAAAGUAAUAUGGGUACCUCCUAAAGAUGGAGAUUUUAAGUUUCUCAUUCCAGAAUGCGAGGCUCAAUUACCACCCGAAAUCCUGCGUCACAAUACUAUAGAAAAAGUCUAUGAGAAGCUACCGGAGUGGGAAGAGACGAAAGAAGUUGCAUGGAAUAGGUAUAAUGACAUUGUUCGUACACUUGCUGAUAAAUAUCCUCGUGAGAACUUGCUGCUGGUCACACAUGCUGAAGGAGUAGUCGCUUUGUCAUCUACAUUCAUGAAUGGUACUCGUGUACGAGUGGAUUACUGUGGAUAUGUACACUUAAGGAGACCUAUUACAAAUGGGGUGUCAUCCUUUUCAAGGAGAUCUACUAUUAAUUUGAUGUUACAGGGUCAAUCUGGCAUUACGUUGCGUGAAAAAUAAAAUGAUCAAUCAUCAUCACCAUAAUCAUUAUUGUUAAGGAGAGCUAUUAUUAAUUUAAUAUUAUAGGGUCAAUCAGGCAUUACAUUGCGUGAAAAAAAAGCUCAAUCACCAUUACCAUCAUUAUUGCUGAAUAAUCCCCAUUGGGAAUUCUUUAUUUCCAUAUCUUGAUUAUGAACCUUUGUGGAAUGUACUUUAAAUCGUCCUAUCGAUAUACUCUACGUUGCUCUCUUUUUUAUAUUA